GGAGAAGGCUUAAAUACAUCAAAGUACAACUUACAUAUUUGGAUAUAUUUCAUUUAAUGACUAGAAUCCAUACUUGUAAGGUUGUAAAGUAAUGUAUUGAUAAAGUGAAUUUUAUUGUCCACAUUAAAUAAAUUGUCUCUUUUCUUAUUUAAAAUGUGUGUAUAUAUAUUAUGUGAUAAGGAACAUGAGUGUUUAAGUAUCAUGUAAGGUAUGAAAUAUUACUAUACACAUAAUUAUAUUUCAAACCGAGAGGCAUUUAUUUUGGGGACAAGAAUUCUGUGAUUUGUUAAAACUUGAUGUCUCAUUUUAUUAUUAGAAAUAAUAAAAUGAAGUUUGUGACAAUUUAGCUGAUCGGUGCAACUGUCAUGUGUUAAAAUUUGAAAUUUAAACACUAGGAAGAGGCAGUCAAAUUGGUGGUUGAGGAUCCAAAAUAUUAGGGCCUAACCCAAUUUGUAGGAUCAACUAACUUCUCACGCUCAGAGCACUCCACUUCUAUUUUAUUAAAUUGCCUGAUUUCCAAGAAGAUAAUCCGCUGCAUGCUUAAUUUUCCUCACGUACAAUAUUGCUCAUUUUGCAAAUUGAAGCUUUAUUCUUUUGCUUCAUUUUGCCUGAUUUCCAUGAAGAGAACCUUUCAUCAUUGAAAGCUCUUUCAUUUUCUUUCUAUUUGUAAGAGCUUCGUCUUCUCCGAGAGAAAAAUACAUUCCAUAGUUCAUACUUUAUUUCCUUCUUCUGGCUCAUCUCUUUUAAUCGGCAAUUGGGCAACGGUCGAAGUGUUUCUGUCAAGCAAGCUUAAGGACUGAAACUGAGGUAGGAUUAUCCUGGGAGCGAGUUGGCCAGUCCCGUCCGAGUAGCUAUCGGGAUACGGGGGCUAUCUUUCUUCAAGGCCAGUCCGAUCAACGGACGAUCUUACGCUAAGUCUUUCUUCCUCUACUUUUAUUUUAAUAUUUUUUCUAAUAUUGUUAUUAUUUUAUUUGUUCUUGCAUUUGGUGGUUUGUCUGGUGAUUUGUGAUCAAACUCGGGAUUUUAUCUGACUAAACUCGCAUUAAAUCACUACAAAAAACAACGUUCUAGUCACGGAUUUGGUCCGUGACUAGUUUUGUCACGGACUAGUCACAGACUAGUCACGGAUGCUCCAAAAAAAAUAGUCACGGAUCGGACCGUGACUAUGACCGUGACUACAUUAGUCACGGUCAGAUCCGUGACUAAAAUGGUCCGAUAGCUCCGUUUCCGUUUCCGGCGGGGUUUGUUUUACACCGGCGACUUAGUCACGGACACACCCGUGACUAAAUCCGUGUCUACUAAAAAAAAAAUUCAGCGCUCAUAAAUUAAUUCGCAACGGUAUUCUGUACGGAUAAAUUAGUCACAGAAAUGUCCGUGACUAAUUCCGUGACUAAAACGAAUAAAAUUAUUCGCCCACGUAGUUUACACGUCAUUUACACGGUUUGGACGCGUAAUCUACACGGAUUUGCUUAGUGACGGACAAAUCCGUGACUGAGUCCGUGACUAAUUCUUUUAUAUAUGCAGGAGCAGCUCAUUCAACAGAACCACACCAAUUCAUUCUCAGUAUAUAAUACAAUAGCUGUUUGAAAGAUCGAAGGAUGUAGUCUAUCUUAUGUCAUUUUCCCUGUUUAUGCAGACAAGGCAUAAUGUAUAGACUUAAUAGAAGUUGGAUGUAUGAUAAACAUGCGAUAUUGUACGGAAUGCAAUCAAAUUUUCUUGAAGGAGUUGGGGAGUUUAUUGCGUUCGCACAAGAACACCCGGCUUAUAUGAGUGGUGAUAAAAUCAGAUGUCCAUGUUCAAAGUUAAAAAUCUCAAAUUUAAAGACCCAGAAGAAGUUGGGUGGGAUUUGUACGCGGAAGGAUUCGUUCCCAAUUAUUAUAAUUGGAUUUCUCAUGGCGAACCUUUGGAUCCAUCUGUUUUACCGCAAAUGGUAGGUUCGUCUCGUAACGUCCCUGCAGAGAUGAGUGCGUGGGGAGACCCCGCUGAAAUGAGAUGGGAGCAACGUAUGGUAUAUGAUGCAUACGGUGCAUCGAUGUCUCAGUUUAACCCCCCGCAACCAUCUGACGAUCCUCCUGAAGCCUCGACCUCGUAUCAACCAGUCGCGGAUGAAAAUUCGAUAUUUUAUCAACCUUAUGUGGAUGAAGGUUUAACUGAGAAAUUUCAAGAUGUUUUAAAAGCUGUCGAUCAACCCCUGUAUGCUGAUUGUGAGGGAUACUCUCAGCCACCGCCGUUACAGAGUUUAUGAACAUAAAAGCUGAAUACAGUCUCCCUGAAACUUGCAUGAGUAGAGUCUUGCAGCCAGUAGGAGGGAUGCUACCGCGUGAUCAUAACCUUCCCGAUUCAUAUUACCACAUGAAACAAUUAAUGUCUAAGUUGGGGCUACCUUGUAUAUAAAUUGAUGCGUGCCCGGAAAGAUGUAUGUUGUUCUGGAAGGAUGAUGAGACACUUGAAUUCUGCAAUUUCUGUGGUGGAGACAGAUACAAACCUGUUCCUCAAAGUAAAAGCAAACCACGAAAUAGGUCGGCAUUAUCUAAACUGUAUUACCUCCCAAUAGCUCCACGACUUCAAAGGAUGUACGCUUCGACUGCUAUUGCGAAACACAUGACAUGGCAUGUCGAGCACGAAACCAAAGAGGGUAUGAUGUCUCACCCUUCGGACUGUGAAGCUUGGAGACACUUUGACCGUUGUCAUCCUCAGUUUGCAAUGGAGCCACGAAAUGUGCCACUGAGAUUGUGUUCAGACAGAUUUGCUCCAUUUGGAAGGUUUGGGAAUAACUAUUCAUGUUGGCCGGUCAUGUUAACUCCUUACAAUCUCCCUCCCGACAUGUGCAUGAAGAGUCACUUUAUCUUUUUGACUUUGAUUUGUCCGGGUCCCAAUGAUCCAGGAAAAAAGAUGGACAUUUAUCUCCAACCCCUUAUCGAGGAGAUGAAAGAACUUUGGGCCAUUGGAACACCAACUUAUGAUGUUUCAAGGGAUCAAAAUUUUAUCAUGAAAGUUGCCAUCAUUUGGACCAUUAACGACUUCCCUGCCUAUGGCAUGCUUUCGGGGUGGAGCACACACGGUCUUAUGGGAUGUCCGAUGUGCAUGGAGAAAUCAGGUGCAAAUUGGCUAACUUUUAGAAAAAAAUCAAGUUACUUUGAUUGUCACCGCAAGUUUCUCCCGGAAAACCACCGAUAUUGAAAGGAUAAAAAAUCUUUCAUUAUAGGUAGGGUGGUACGAGACACCCCACCCCUGAGAUUGACCGAGGAAGCAAUUUUUAACCGGGUUCGACGUAUUCCUACGGCUCUGCAAGAGCCAAAUAAGAAGCCAUAUGGGUUUUGUGAUACCCAUAAGUGGACAAAGAGGAGUAUAUUUUGGGAGUUACCAUAUUGGAAAGACCUUCUCAUUCGUCACAAUAUACAUGUCAUCCACACUGAGAAGAACGUGUUUGACAAUAUAUUUAACACAGUGAUGGAUUUCAAAGGCAAAACUAAAGACGGUCUUGCAUCUAGAAAAGAUAUGACUAUUUGGUGUGACAGACCCGAACUUUCUGUUGAUCUAGAAUAUACUGGUAAUAAUAUUCCAAAAGCAGUCUACCAAGUCACAGAAGCACAAAAGGAAUCAAUAUUACAGUGGCUUGUGUCUCUGAAGUUUCCAGAUGGCUACUGCUCCAACUUGUUCAGAUGCGUGGACAUGAACAAACUUACAACGAUGUCGAGCAUGAAAACUCGCGAUGCUCAUGUAAUCAUGCAAAGACUUCUCCCAAUUGCACUGAAAGAGAUGCUUCCUGAACACGUAUGGUCCUGCAUUACUGAGAUCAGUUUGUUGUUUCAGAUGAUAUGUUCCAGCGUUUUGGAUGCAGCAUCCCUCCGGAGACUAGAAGAGUCUGUUCCUAUACUGAUGUGUAAUUUGGAAAAGAUAAUGCCUCCAUCGUUUUUUGAUGGAAUGGAACAUCUUGUAAUACAUCUUCCGUAUGAGGCUUUGACUGUUGGCCCCGUCUUCUAUCGCUGGAUGUACAGAUUUGAAAGGUUUCUUGGAGAGUUGAAAAAGAAAGUGGCCAACAAGGCACACGUUGAGGCUUCAAUUUGUCAAGUGUAUCUUCAACAAGAAAUCUCCACGUUCUCAUCUUUUUAUUUUGAGCGUGAAGUCAUCACUAGAAGAAAGAGACCUGCCCGGAACGAUGACAUUGGCGAGGAUUUAUACGAAAAUGUAGUUUCCAUUUUCAAUUACCCAGGUAGAGGUAAAGGAGCCGCGACACACCGAUACGUCGUGGGCGGAGAAUUACAAAUUGCGCAUACUUAUAUCCUCAUGAAUUGUCCAGAAAUCUUACCGUUUUAUCAUGAAUUUAGAGCGGAGCUCUCAGCAUUCCCUGAUAAUGAAGUUGAUGCAAUGGUGGACUCUGAUUUUGUACCGUGGUUCAAGUAUCAGGAACUGGGCAACCUACACGGAUGUUGACCCCAAGGUCCGUGAACUAUGGUGGAACCUUGUUCAAGGGCCGGUUUCGAUGGACUGAAGCACAAGGCCCCGCUAUUCUUAGAGCCUAUAAUGCCAGGAUUUCGAACUGGCUUCGGCCCACUUUUAGGUGUGCCCGAGUGCAAGGGCGGCAGCCUAGAUGGUGUUCGGAUAAGGUGUGGGCCAACCUCGUCCGCCACUGGUCUUCUGAUCCAAACUUCUUGGCAAGGAGCGAAUCCGGUAAGAAAAACCAGAUGUCCGAGAAGGCCUUGGAGACCCAAUGGCACGGGGGUCGCAAACCUCAGAGUAAACAUAGAGAAGCUCUUGCGAGGCCUGAGAAGAAGAAGGUCUCGAUCCUCAAGGUCAUCAAACAUUGUUGGACAAAGCACGACGAUGAGUCGGAAGCCGAUCUGCCACCCCGCCUCGCCGAAAUCGAAACGAAGUACAACACAAAUGUUGAGAAGACGCGGGCGGAAUUGGGCUUGACCCAGGAGGAUGAGAUCGAUUCUGAUGUGGAAGAUGAUGCGAUCCUUGAGACAGCUGGAGUGUACAAGGGUCGGGUUCCGUGCAUGGGGGCUGAGGGGCAACGGAUUUUGUAUGACCGCACCACCGGAGCUUCAUCUUCUUGAUCAGGGCGGGGAGAGGAUCCACGCAUUGCCCAAAUGUAGCGAGAAUUGGAGGAGCAGCAGCGGGCAUUAGAGCAGCAACGGAAGAAGGAUGAAGAAACAAGAGCCCGACUGGAAGCGAUGGAGCGGAUCUUAAACGCCGGAUAUCAGCCUCAUCCUCGGCCGUCCAUAUUGCACCCCGAGCAGACUCCUCAAGUUCCGCACAUGGGCAACAUGGGUUAUUAUUCUAACUCCGGAUAUAGUAGCAUGCCUAUGAUGGAUCCGACAUUCGGAUCUCUAUCGCAUGGUUUCUUGAAUCAACUUCAGUCAUCCGGAGGAUCCAGCCGUAGAGCGAACCGAGGAGGUAGCCGAGGAGGCAACCGAGGAGGCAGCCGAGGAGGAACCCGACCCGAAGACACCGUGGAGCCCGAAGGUGAUGAUGAUGAUGAUAAUGAUGAAUUUGAUA